UCAAAAACAUGGCUUCCACUUUAAAAACGAAUUUAUCUGUGGCGAAGAAGUAUGAUGCAUUUUAUACAGGAGGAAAAGUUCAGUUUUCGAAGUCUGGUGAACAUUUAUUCUGUGUGUGUGGUGUGGUAGUGAAGGUUCUCGAUGUACAAACUGGAGAACUGUGUCAGACUAUCGGGAAGGAGGAGGACCCUGAGGUGACCUGUUUUGCCCUGAGUCCUGAUGAUGGAGCCCUGGUUGUUGCCAGUCAGAAUUCACUACUCCGACAGUACAACUGGAAAGAAAAUAUUGUUCAGAGAACAUGGAAGGCAAUUCACAUGGGGCCUGUCACAAGUAUGACAUUCGAUUGCACCUCCACAUUGCUUGCAACUGGUGGGAGUGAUGCCACCAUCAAAGUCUGGGACAUCAUCAAGCAGUAUGUCACUCACAACCUCAAGGGUCAUGUGGGCGUCGUAAGGGUUGUUGAAUUCCAUCCGGACAUCUCCAGACUUCAGCUCUUCUCUGGCUCUGAUGAUUAUAAAGUACGGAUGUGGGAUUUGCAGAGUAGUUCCUGCCUGGCCGUGUUUGAAGGACACUACAGUAUGGUGACCAGUAUCAGCUUCACACAGGAUGGACAUUCAAUUCUGAGUUCUGGACGAGACAACGUUGUCAUUGUGUGGGAUUUGGUAAACAAGAAGAAAGAAAAAGUCAUUCCUGUUUAUGAGUCUGUUGAGUCCGUUAUAAUGCUGAAGCAAGAUAAAGCUUAUCCAUCUUUGAACGUCUCGUCUGGUGGCGUCCAUUUUAUCACAGCUGGUGCAAAAGGAGUCCUGAAGGUAUGGAAUGCCAUGACGUCUCGUUGUGUAUUUACUCAACCGAAACACGAAGAGAUUGAGGAAGAAACGGAGGAAACAGAAGACAAGAAAGAAGAAGAGAAAGUCAAUGAGAACGCUAUCACGUCUGCUCAGUUUAUCAAAGAGACGAAUACAUUAGCUGUGGUCACAUUCCAACAUAACAUAUUGCUUUACAAUGUGGACGAUUUCUUCCUUAAAAAACAGUUUGCUGGCUACAAUGACGACAUCUUGGACCUGAAGUUUCUUGGUAAAGAAGACGAAUACCUGGCUGUCGCCACGAACAGUGAACUGAUCAAGGUGUUCAACACGAAAACAUGGUCUUGUCAGAUUCUCAAAGGACACACUGAUAUCGUCAUGUGCUUAGACGUUCACAAGAAAGGGGAAUAUCUAGCCAGUUGCUCCAAGGAUAAGACAGUGCGCCUUUGGUCAGUGGAUACUGACAACAUCACCUUGAAGUGUAUCAGCGUGGGACUAGGCCACACCCAUGCCAUCAAUGCCGUGGCAUUCUCAAAACUUGGUCUUAACUUCCUCGUAACUGGAGGUGAAGAUCUCACUCUUAAACUAUGGGCUCUUAAUGAAACUGAUGGUGAUCUGCAACUUUCUCCUAAGAUGACAGAGAAGGUUCAUGAGAAGGAUAUCAACUCUAUAUGUGUUGCUCCUAAUGACAAACUUAUUGCGACAGGUUCACAGGACAAACUGGCCAAGCUGUGGAGCUCGACGGACCUGGCUCUCCUGGGAGUGUUCCGUGGUCACAAACGAGGCAUCUGGUGUGUACAGUUCUCUCCAGUUGACCAGGCUUUGGUAACGUCGUCAGGAGAUGGAAAUAUCAAGAUAUGGUCCUUGACAGAUUUCAGUUGUGUCAAGACUUUUGAAGGCCAUGAGACAUCUGUGCUGCGAGUGUCGUUCAUGAGCAGAGGUAUGCAGCUCAUCUCAACUGGCUCUGAUGGCUUGGUCAAACUCUGGACCAUCAAGAAUAAUGAAUGUGUGAAGACGAUGGACGAGCAUGAGGACAAGAUCUGGGCGAUGGCAGUCAGUCCUGGUGAGGACAGGCUGGUGACGGGUGGAGCAGACUCCAACAUUAUCCUUUGGAAGGAUACAACUGAGGAAGACUUGGAAGAAGUACGAGCCAAGCAGGAGGAUAUCAUUCUGAAGGAACAGAAGUUGAUGAAUUUCCUGCAUGAGAAGAAGUUCCUGAAAGCAAUUGGUCUUGCCAUAACACUGGAGCAGCCAUUCAGAGUACUCUCCAUUCUAAAACAAAUCCUUGGAGAACCUGAAGGAGACCAACAACUCGAGAUCACAUUGAAAAAGCUACGGGUCGACCAAAUUGAUGCCGUUCUGAGAUUCGCCGUUGAGUGGAACACUAACAGUAAACACUGCCAUGAAGCCCAGUUUGUCUUGAACACGGUCCUGAAACAGUACUCGCCAGAGGAGAUACUGGAGCUGCCGAAUAUCAAGUCAACUCUUGAAGGACUCAUCCCGUAUACUGAGCGACAUUUCCAGAGAAUGAAUCGACUUCAGCAGCAGGCAACGUUUGUUGGUUAUACAAGACAGUGCAUGAAAAUAGUCAGCCUGCCAGAGUCUUCUGAGGAUAGGAUGGAGGUUGGAAGCCCACAGUUUGUCGUGGAUAGAUCUGCAAAGAUGGACAGCAGUCUGGAAAUAUCUGACGAGGAACUCACUCAAAAACAGGGAGGAGUGAGUUGUUCAGAAUCAUCUGAAGAGGAAAUGGAAGUGGACGAUUCGGGUUGCGAGUCUGAUCAGGCCGUGACGAGACAAAACAAACCGAAAAAACAAAAGACUUUACCCGCAUCUGAGGAAAAUGAAAAAGACGAUAUUGAGGAACUUUGUGUUGAACAUGUUGAAAGUGUUGGUGCAAAAACUGUAAAAAAUAAGAAAGCUAAAACUCCAUCUCGACUUGGUGAGGACUUGAAAAGUACUGCUGUACAGGGUGCUGCGAAAAAGCGACUAAAACAAUCCAAAUCCAAGAGGCGACGGUGAUGGAGAAGAUAAUUGUAGUGCACUGUGGUGACUGUUGGUGUAUCAAGUGAGGCAUUUAAAGGGAUUGUGGUCUUAUCCAAUUAAAGGAUAAAUUGUGUGGCAAUGAAAUUACCUUGUAAAUGGGACAGUGAUUCUGAUGGUCACACCAGACCAUUCUUAUUUUAGACACGAAAGAAAAUAAUAUCGAUAUCUUUAUU